UAAGUAAUUUUGAUAUAUUUUUUAAUAAGUAGAUCCUUCAUGAGACUCUUCAUAGGAUUUUUUAAUACCCCUGUUAAGAGAAUGGAAGAGUCAGGAAAUCUUUAGCAUUGCAAGGCAUUCAGGGUCCCCGAGCUCAGUAUAGAUAUAGCUGCUGUCCCAUUUGCCUUAAACGUGCCUCACCUGGCUAGCUGUUAGUCUGUGUUGACACUGGAGGGUGGGCAUGACUGCACUGACAGCCUCUCAUUUUGUUGGUCUUUAUAAUUUUAUUACUUGAGGUCUAAUAGGUGAGUUUUAGCUUUUGAAUCUUUCAGGGGGUGGAACAUUUCCACCCUCUUUUGUAGUCACUUAUGGGAACACAGAACACAGCCAGAAGUCUUCAGACUUAGUUUUUAGUUCAUUAGUUUUGGUUUUCAGUCUUUUUCAAUUUGAGCUUUUUUCUUAUUCAGACCUCAGAUAAUUUAAAACUUACAAAGCAGGGUUGCCAAAAUUAAAGUGGUUUUAGAGAGUGGAACCUUACAUGAUUGUUGUUUUGCCCCAAACUUUUGUUUCUUCCCUACCACAUUCAUCCCAUAUAUGCAGUGCAUAGUUCCACAGGGAUUCUACUGAGCACUUAGCGGUCAAACUUUGCUUUAUAGGUGAACGGAUGUGAGGCUCAGUGCUCUUGGAUUCAUCCCAAGUCAUACAGAUAGGCAGUGGUGGAACUGGGAUUAAAGCCCAGGUCUUGUGUCACUAAAUAUAUUGCUGUUUCCAUUAUGUUGUACACCAUGGAUAGCACAUUUAAAAUAAUGAUAUUGUGUACUUUAUAAUCUUCAAAGAGUUUCCAUACAUGUGGUCUCAUUUGAUUUUCACUUUGUGACUCGGUGCAGUAGAUUAGUAUAAUAGCAGCUAAUGUUUAUUGGGGGCAUACCCUAAAUGCUAGGGAUAAGGGUACUUUUGGAUACAUGAGUUCAUUCUUUAUCCAUUUUUUAACUAGUUUUUAAAAACCCAGCAACUGACUUCGGCGUUGAUGCUGUUGGAUAAGGAGAAGUCCAUAGGUUACAUAGGUGUUAUUUUAGGUUGUGUAUUACAGUUUCAGAAACAUUUAUCACUUUCCUCAAGGUCGUGGGACUAGAUUGGGAACGUAGUCGGCAAGAGUUUCAUCUAGAAGGCCAAUUUUUAUUUAUAAGUGUGACUUGAUAAUUGGAUGACUUGUUGAUAAGGGGCAUUCUCUUCUUAGUGAGCAGGGUUAGUCAAGAGGACAUGUUGUAAGUCAGAAGGAUGCUUGGAACAGAGAAGAUAAGAACAGAGCAUGUGUGUUGUUUUUAAGGGUUAUUUCUGUCAAGUUGUGGUGUCCUGACUUACUGUUCUCCAUUCUAGGGGAAGUCCUAUUUGAAGAAACAAAUCAGUCAUCUGGAGUGGAGAACUAUUCCCCUGAAUCUGUCUUGAGAGGCAUAGGUGCCUCUUUUUGAAGCUCUAUACUGACGCUCCACCAUGAGACGAGGUGGAGGGAGGAGGCGAGCUGAAAAUGAUGGCUGGGAAAAAUGGGGUGGGUAUAUGGCUGCCAAGGUCCAGAAAUUAGAGGAACAGUUUCGGUCAGAUGCUGCUCUACAAAAGGAUGGAACUUCAUCUACAAUUUUUAGUGGAGUUGCCAUUUAUGUUAAUGGAUAUACAGAUCCUUCUGCUGAGGAAUUGCGAAAGCUAAUGAUGUUGCAUGGAGGCCAAUACCAUGUGUAUUAUUCCAGAUCCAAAACAACACACAUUAUUGCCACAAAUCUUCCAAAUGCCAAAAUUAAAGAAUUAAAGGGAGAAAAAGUAAUUCGGCCAGAAUGGAUUGUGGAAAGCAUCAAAGCUGGACGACUCCUGUCCUACAUUCCCUAUCAGCUGUACAGCAAGCAGUCCAACAUACAGAAGGGUCUCAACUUUAAUCCUGCGUGCAAACCUGAGGAUCCUGUGCCAGGUCCAAGCAGUGUAUCCAAACAGCUGAACAACAGGGUGUAAGUUUCUCUAGACUGGGGAAUGCUGCAAAGCUGGGUUUUAGCAGUGGGUGUGGGUACUGCUCCUGCUUUGCUGAAAUAGAAACAAAUACAAAACAUGGCCAUUUAUCUAUAUUAAACAUGUUAAAAUAUGUUUGUGGGUAUCUUACCUAAAAAUUAUUUUGGGGGGUGUCUACGUGGCUCAGUUAAGCAUCCAACUUUGGCUCAGGUCAUGAUCUCAUGGUUUGUGAGUUUAAGCCCCACAUUGGGCUCUGUGCUGACACUGUGGAGCCUGCUUGAGAUUCUCUCUCUCUCCCCUUUUCUCUCUACUCCUCCCCCAGUUUUACACGUGCCCUCCCAAAAAAUAAAUAAACUUAAAAAAAUUAAAUUUAUUUUUAUCAUGAAAGUUUCUUAAAUAAAAUGUAAAUAAGGAAGCUUUCCCAAUCAGUGUAGAUUCCCCUGUUAUACUAAUGGAUCUUAAAUAACUGGAAGUAAAAUUUUCCAUGGAUUUUCCCAAAAUUACUUGCACAUAAGUAAUUUGCUGUAGAAUGUUGCUUUCUCAAAAACCAAGCUAAUUGCACCAGUAUGCUUUUGUUGUGUGCUAUAUACAUAAUAAAUGUGUUAACAUUUCUAGGUUAUUUUUGAAAAUUUCCAAAUUCAUAGCAGUUUUACAUAUGUAAAUAUAUUUACAUUGGUAAAAAUUUAGUUGGUGACCCUCAGUGUUACAGUUAGAGGUAACUCUAGACUUUAUUCCAUGUGGCAGAUUUAAAAAAAUAUAUUGAUUAAGCUUUAAUUGCAGUUAUCUUGGGUAAAUUGGUUUCAUGAUUAAUUGGUGUGUUGCCUUAACUUGUAUAUCAGGUGGUUUAUUACCACUAGUGUUCUCCUUAUUUAUUAAAUUGCUUGCUUUGGGAGUUGGAUAUAUAU